AUGGAGCCCCACCUGCUCGGGCUGCUCCUCGGCCUCCUGCUCGGUUGCACCAAGGUCCUCGCCGGCUACCCAAUUUGGUGGUCCCUGGCCCUGGGCCAGCAGUAUACGUCCCUGGGCUCACAGCCCCUGCUCUGCGGCUCCAUCCCGGGCCUGGUCCCCAAGCAGCUGCGCUUCUGCCGCAAUUACAUCGAGAUCAUGCCCAGCGUGGCAGAGGGCGUGAAACUGGGCAUCCAGGAGUGCCAGCACCAGUUCCGGGGCCGCCGCUGGAACUGCACCACCAUCGACGACAGUCUGGCCAUCUUCGGGCCUGUCCUGGACAAAGCCACCCGGGAGUCGGCCUUUGUGCACGCCAUCGCCUCGGCUGGCGUGGCCUUCGCCGUCACGCGCUCCUGCGCCGAGGGCACCUCCACCAUCUGCGGCUGCGACUCGCACCAUAAGGGGCCGCCCGGAGAGGGCUGGAAGUGGGGCGGCUGCAGCGAGGACGCCGACUUCGGGGUGCUGGUGUCCAGGGAGUUCGCGGACGCGCGCGAGAACAGGCCGGACGCGCGCUCGGCCAUGAACAAGCACAACAACGAGGCGGGCCGCACGACCAUCCUGGACCACAUGCACCUCAAGUGCAAGUGCCAUGGGCUGUCGGGCAGCUGCGAAGUGAAGACCUGCUGGUGGGCCCAGCCCGACUUCCGCGCCAUCGGGGACUUCCUCAAGGACAAGUACGACAGCGCCUCCGAGAUGGUGGUGGAGAAGCACCGUGAGUCCCGCGGCUGGGUGGAGACCCUCCGAGCCAAGUACGCGCUCUUCAAGCCACCCACUGAGAGGGACCUGGUCUACUACGAGAACUCGCCCAACUUUUGCGAGCCCAACCCUGAGACAGGCUCCUUUGGCACCAGGGACCGGACUUGCAAUGUCACUUCCCACGGCAUCGACGGCUGCGACCUGCUCUGCUGUGGCCGUGGCCACAACACGAGGACGGAGAAACGGAAGGAGAAAUGCCACUGCAUCUUCCACUGGUGCUGCUACGUCAGCUGCCAGGAGUGCAUCCGCAUCUAUGACGUGCACACCUGCAAGUAGCCAGCCAGGGUGCUGGGAACGGGUGAAGUGUGUGGCUGGGCGGAUUCACCGGAGCCCCACGGCACGCAGGACCCAGAGCCGGGGCGCAGCCUCGCAUCGGACAGCUG